AUGAAAAAACAAUUCAUCCUAAUUCUAUUUUUUCUUAUAACAAUUUUUUAUGAGCAAUCAACAAGUUUACCAACGGUUUUGAAUGAUAAAACUGGAAUUCGAAAACAUUGUCCUUACUUAGUCAAGUGUAUGAGUCCAUGUCCUUAUGGUUAUAUCAUCGAUGACUUGGGUUGUCAAACAUGUGAAUGUAAUCCAUGCCAAUUAGGACCACCUUUAAAUGAAUAUCCAUGCGAAGAAGGACAAAGCACAUGUUCAAAUUCAAAAGGCAUCUGUACUGUAACCGCUGAAGGUAAUACUUAUUGUUGUCCUACUGAAAAAUCUGGCUCUUGUCCACCAAGUCCUGAUCCAUCGGUAGUUUUAUGUUUGCCAUCCAAUUGUAACAAUGAUGUUGAUUGUCCAGCUAGAGAAAAAUGUUGUGAUCCAUGUUUUCGAUGUCUUAAUGUAACACGUUCCUAA